CGGCGCGAUUGCACUACUGGCCGUUUGCUGGAAGAGGACAAGUCCCCCCCAUCCCCUUCCGUUAUUCCUCAUACUAUCAUCGCUGUAUAUCUACUCCACGACUCCCCAAUCUGCUUCUCUCCCUCCCCACGUCUUGUGCAAUCUACUCUCCACCAACUCCCCUCCCCCCGGUGUGACGUGACUGGUCUCCUCAGGCUCCCUCGGGCCCCCCUCAUCCCCUCCAUCCGCCGCAUCCACCACCACCCACCCCUACACACCAUCAUGGCUGAUGAAACCUCCCCCGCUGAUGAUGCGCCCAUCACCUUCAACAUUAAGUCAUCAAAUGAUGCCAAAUACACCCUGACCCUGCCCGCGUCGACGACCGUGUCCCAGCUGAAGGAGAAGCUCGCCGCCGCGGAGUAUGCCGAUACCCCAGCCGAGCGUCAGCGCCUGAUCUACUCGGGCAGAGUCCUGAAGGACAACGAAUCCCUGGCAACCUAUAAGAUCAAAGAAGGAAACACCAUUCAUCUGGUGAAGAGUGCUGCCAGCAACCAGCGUCAAGCGCAGACUGCUGCUACCACGGCCCCGGCUGCCGCCCCGGCCGCAGGCGUCCCCACGAACCUCGCGGCUGGCACCGGCAACAACCCGCUGGCUGGGCUGACGGGCGCCAGAUAUGCUGGGUUUGCGCAACUUCCGGGCGCAGGGAUGUUUGGACCAGAUGGCGGGAUGGGUCCUCCUCCGGACACCGACACGAUGCUCAACAUGCUCGAAAACCCCCAAUUCCAGACUGCAAUCAACGAAGCCUUGCAGAACCCCGCGAUGAUUGACAUGAUGAUCCAGCAGAACCCGGUGCUGCGCGCCAUGGGCCCCAACGCGCGACAGAUGUUCCAGAACCCGGAAGUCCGCCGCAUGCUGACCGACCCCAACUCGAUACGUCAGGUGGUACAGAUGCAGAGAGCCAUGGGUGGCGGGGGGCUUGGUGGCAGCAGUGCGUUCCCAGCUCCUGGAGUCACGAACACCACGCCCGAGGAGAACAGGAACGCCCCGAACACUGGCGCUGGCGCUGCGCCCAGCCCCGCCGCGGCAUUCAACCCGUUCGUGCCCACCGGUCUUGCUCCAAACAAUCCUUUUGCUGCCCUCUUCGGCGGCAAUCCCAGUGCGGGCAGUCCUACGGAGACGCCGUCUACAACCAACACAGCGGGUGGCGACCAACCGGACGCUGCUCGAGCAGCAGGCAACACCACCGGAGACAACGCUAAUGCCCCAGGUCAAGGCCAGCCGGCCUUCCAGAACCCGUUCGAUCUCUUCAAUCCUGCUCUGUUUGGUGGCCAGGGCGGCCAGGCUGGCCAGGCUGGCAUCAACCCCUUCAACCCCCAACAGAACCCUUUCCUGCGCGACCCAGCGAUGCUCCAACAGAUGAUGCAGUCCAUGGGUGCUGCGCCCGGAGAAGGGGCGGGGGCUGGGACCAACCCCCUCGCGGCACUCCUUGGUGGUGGGUUUGGCGGCGCCGGGUUUGGCAGUCCCCCUCCGCAGGACAACCGACCCCCGGAGGAACGGUACGCCGAGCAGCUGCGUCAGCUGAACGACAUGGGAUUCUAUGAGUUCGAGAGGAACAUCCAGGCUCUGCGUCAGGCCGGAGGCAGCGUACAAGGGGCAGUGGAGUAUCUGCUGAGCCAUCCUUCCUAGUCUUGUGCUGUCCACGACCUGCCUCGCGAUCUUUCAACGAUGCAUUUCCUGCGUAUGUCUCCAUGCGGACCGACAGAUUCGACAUUGGCGGCUUGGCGGUUUAUCUUUCUUACCACUCUGCGUACUCUUCCGAAAAUGUAGGGACCGGACGAGGCUCAUGUAGCUAAUCCUAUCGCCCACCUGAUGGCGUUAUAUAGGAAGAAUUAUGACAUGAUGAUUUACGGGAAUCCUGGUAGUAUGAUGAUGUGUUUCAC